AUGACCACCCCAUCCGAGGAAAGUGCAGAGCACUUCGUAACCCACAUCCUCCCUCUCUACCAAGGCCCGUCCGUCAAAAUUCGAUUACAGCCUAGUAACAAGGAAUAUGUAAUUUCGAAAAGCCUUCUCUGUGCGGAAUCGCCGGUUUUCUCGAAAAUGUUCAACGGCCAAUUUCUAGAGUCGCAGCAACAGACGGCCACUCUACAGGCAACUGAAGACGAUGUCUCGGUGCGUAGCCUUGAAGCACUCAUUCAAUGGCUAUACCGACGCACUGUCGAAUUCGAGAUAGAAGACCCAACCGAGCAUACUUCAGCAGCAUUGGAGCUCGCUAGGCUUGCAGACAAGUACGAGAUUACUGGGCUCGAAGAUACAAUAGCCGAGUGUAUCAAGGAAAUCAUAAUAUCCAACCCUCAUCCGGGGAACAAACGCACUCGAAUUCGAGAUAUCGAUACCCACACUUAUUAUCUCAGGCGUGAUCAUAUUGCCUCGGCAAGCCUUUUGCCUCAAGGUCAUCCAGUGCGAAGUGUUUUGGCUGCAGCUUCCGUUGAAGGGUUCCUCCGCAGCGGCAAACACAAGUUUUAUGAAGAAAUUCAGGCCUACCCGCCUUUCGGAGCCGACCUCCUCUUAGAGAUUGGGCGUGCCCUACGGUCUUCGCGGACUCGGACUGAGUAUUUUGUAGAUCCCAUCAGUGAAAUCACGUUGUCUGCAACCAGGGAAGCUUGA